AUGAUUGGAGUCCAAGCAUGGAAGUUUCGGGACACACUUCCUCCUCCUUCCGUACUGCGGCAUGUCGUCGAUAUACAUUGUCAUCCCACAGACUCUGAAAUUCCCGUACAGUCAAUGGACAACUUGCCAAUCAUCAUCGGUGCCAUGUCCACCCUUCAGGCAGACCAAGGAUUAGUGCGAGACUUGGCUACUGCAUUCCCAGAUAAAGUCGUGCCUUCCUUUGGUUACCAUCCGUGGUUCACACACUGGAUCGCACUGGUGCCAUAUGAAUCAAAGGAAGAGCACUACCGGUGCAUAUUCAAGGAUGCAGAUGAGCAUCCGGAGGCCUUCCAGAAGUUGCUUCUUCAUCUACCCGAGCCAGUGACCCUACAAACCGUCCUGGAAGACGUCCGUCAAAAUCUAAUGGCCUUCUCAAGCGCAAUGCUUGGAGAGGUUGGCAUUGACAGAGCUUCCCGAGUGCCUUACAACUACGUCUCUUCUCCCGGAGACUUGACGCCCUUCACCAUACCCUUGGAGCACCAGUUAGCUAUUCUUGAGGCACAGCUUGAUCUAGCAACAGAGCUAGGUCGAAACGUCAGCAUGCACAGCGUUAAAUCGCAACAGGCUACUGUGGAACUUUUAGAUCGUAUGACUGAAAGGCAUGGCGAGCGCUGGAUGAAGAUAAGCAUUGAUAUUCACAGCUGCGGCUUUAGCCCGCAAACGUGGCUGUACAUCGAGAAGCAUCAUCCAAAUGUAUUUUUCUCUCUUUCCACAGCUAUCAACAGUCGGUCGCCGAAUCACCGAGCGCUGAUCGCUGCAUGUUCUUCACGCCGUAUCCUCGUUGAAUCGGAUUGCCACAAGAUCGAUGACUCCAUGCAGCGUACUUGGGACAUGGUACUGAUAGUUGCUGAAGUCAAAGGAUGGCCAGUCGAAUCAUCUUGGGAAGAGGUCGUAGACGAAAGUCAGCAGGGAGUCGUCCGACGGUUGGAAAACAAUUGGAGGGAAUUCGUGCAAGGAAAUCAUGUCCAGACUAGGAAGCUCAGCAAACGAGCGGCCAGUGGGUAGCGAUAGAAAGUUUGCACCGGGUACAGUAGCAAUGCGGUCGAACUUGUCCAGCGUGGACUGGUGUGUGAGUUCAUGAUAUAACUGCCAAUGUAUUAAACAAAA